AUGGCCGACAAAAAGCCCGCUGUUUUGAUCAUCGGUGGCCUUGGCUUCAUUGGCCGUCAUCUGGCCCUCUACAUCCACGAAAACAAUCUGGCCUCGGAAGUCCGUAUUGUUGAUAAGGUCUUGCCCCAACUGGCUUGGUUGGCUCCCGAAUUUAAAGAGGCCUGCUCGCAGGAAAAGUUCGUCCAGGCCGAUGCCAGCCGAGAACAGCAUCUUCCGCGCGUCUUCGACCGUGCCAAUGGUGAAGAAUUCGACUACGUGAUCAACUGCGGCGGCGAGACACGACAUUCACAACCCGACGACGUCUACGAAGCGCGCUCCUUCGUACUCAGCUAUGCCCUCGGCAAGGAGGUCGCUAAGCGUGGAAUCCCCGCCUUCAUCGAAUGUUCGACCGCGCACGUUUACAAGAGCGGAUCUUCGCCGCGCAAGGAAAGUGACAAGCUCCAGCCAUGGCACAAUCUGGCCAAGUGGAAGCUGAAGGCGGCGGACAAGCUGCUCACUAUUCCCGGUCUGCAGUUCUGUGCGAUGCGUCUGCCCCACGUAUACGGUGAAUACAAUCCGGGCUACUUUGCCAUGGGUAUCUGUCUGGCGCGCGUGCACCUCGAGUUGAAGCAGGAUCUCGAGCUCCUCUACUCCAAGGACGUCAAAGUGAACACUUUGCACGUCAAGGAUGCCGCCAGUGCACUUUGGGCCGCGGCCGAAUGGCGCGCCGCUAAGGGUCCGCUGGAGGAGUCCAAGGCCUCAGAAACGGUUGCCUUCAACGUCGUCGAUCAUAAUGAUACCAGGCAAGAACACUUCGCCAAGGCUUUAUCCGAAGUGUUUGGUCUCAAGGUCACAUUCACCGGUACCCUGAUCUCCCAGUUAGCCAAGAUGAACCUAGACGACGUGGUUGACGACAUGAACGAGGUCAGCCUGCAGACAUGGGCUGAAUUGAUCGAGAAGAGCAAGAUCGAGCGGCCCGGUCCAAUUGGACCGUUCUUGGAGCUUGACGUGCUCAAGGAUCAGGACAUGUCGAUCGACGGCUCGCACUUUGAGCAGACAACCGGCUGGAAACCCAAGUACGAGCGUCUUGACGCCGAUAGCAUCCGCGAGAUGGUCGAGAGCUACAAGCGCAUGGGCUGGUGGCCCUGA